AUUCAAAUUUUUGUUACAAAGUUAAACGUAUGAAAUUUUAUCCUGGCAUUAUGAUUUUGCCUAUUUUAAAACCAGAAAUUAUCAUUUUUAACCAACGAAAAAUUCACGUUUGUCGGAAGCCAGGAUUUAUCGCAUGGUUAUUACUUGGCUUGUCGACAAUUAUUUUCGCUGAAAUAUCCUGGCAAUUAACGCGUAAUCUUGUUCGCAUGAUUGUUUUGCUUUUCGGGCUGAUUAUGUUCAUUUUGGAUGGAUUUGGAGAAUGGCAGGAUUUAUUAUUAGAUAAAGAUGAGAAUAAAGCUACUAUCGAAAGAUAUAAUUGGAUAGAUAAAUUAUAUUUUACUGCAGCAUACGAUUCGUGCGUUUCAAUGAAACUUAGCGAUAUAAGAUACAUUGGAGUUACCGUAGAAAAAGGACUUUUUAUACUUGAGAAAAAUGGAAAAAUCAAAUGUUUAAGUAUGCAAGGUUUUACGAGGAACGAAUUACAAGAACUAAAAAAACGGAUUAAUUAUUUUUUGAGUUCAAAUUAAAUUUGGAUAAAAUUCAUUUCAAUCUUUUA